GUGGCCCAAGCUCCAUCUCGAGAGCGAGACCAUCUCUCAGCAUGCGGGACCCCCACUUCAAGUAUUCUACAUCUGUACAUAUAUCACAACCCGACAUGAGUGUCACCAAAUUGAGAGCUGCCAUUCUAGUGAUUUCAGAAACAGCUUCAAAGGACCCUCCCACCGACAAAUGUAUACCAGCUCUUCAAUCCGUGUUUGCCGAGCUCGGCAACGACCAAUGGGAAGUCAGCUCUACCGAAAUCAUUCCCGAUAGCUUGAUCGAUAUACAGAAGUCUAUACGUUCUUGGACGGAUGGCGAGACGUUUAUGAAUUUAAUCGUCACGAGUGGUGGAACGGGGUUCGCGACUAAAGAUGUGACGCCGGAGGCUGUUACGCCUCUCUUAGAUAGACAAGCUCCUGGUCUCGUCCAUGGCAUGCUUUCAACGUCCUACGCCAUCACACCUUUUGCGCUGAUGGCAAGGCCGGUCGCUGGGCUUCGCAAGAAUACCCUUAUAUUGACUCUUCCUGGAUCACCGAAAGGGGCCAAGGAAAACCUCGAGGCAGUCCUCAAAUUACUUCCUCAUGCAUGUGUGCAAGCUGCCGGUGCAGCUUCAAGGCCCUUACAUCAGGGCGGGAUCAAAAGGCUAGAAGCAGAAGCCGGAGUUUUUUCUGAAAGCGUGUCAGCGACAAGUGGGCACACUCAUCACCACCAUCGUCACCAUGGACAUGAUCAUUCUCAUGGUCACGGCGGCCACGGGGCUCCACGACCUCACACGAAACCGGAAGAGGGACCCCAAUCCAAUGAUCCUAGCGCAGGGCCAACAAGAAGGUAUCGGUCCUCGCCAUAUCCCAUGCUGGCAGUGGACGAAGCCCUCAAAAUCAUCGCGGAACAGACACCCGCCCCUAUAGUUGAAGAAGUUUCUGCUAGUAUCGCAUCAGUUGGUUCUGUUCUGGCAGCGGACAUCAAAGCUACCGAAUCUGUGCCAGCAUUUCGUGCCAGCAUUGUCGACGGCUAUGCUGUCAAAAUUCCUGCGUCAGGUAAAUUUCAAAAGGGCACUUACCCUGUAGCACUCGUAUCCCAUGCACAGGCUGGUGAUGUCCAAGAGCUCAAGGAAGGUCAGAUCGCACGGAUCACGACUGGGGCGCCAUUGCCACCAGGCGCAGAUGCUGUUGUCAUGGUAGAAGACACUGUUUUGAAAUCGCAAACCGAGGACGGGAAAGAAGAGAAAGAGAUUGAGAUUCUAACCGAAGAGAUCCAAUCCGGUGAGAACGUGCGGGAGGUGGGUAGCGAUGUUAAGAAAGACGAAAUCAUCCUGAGGAAAGGAGAAGGCAUUAGUGCUGUUGGGGGAGAGUUUGGCCUUCUCGCAUCCGUGGGAACAAGAAGCAUAUCUGUGUAUAAGCGCCCAGUUGUCGGUGUCUUAAGCACUGGGGACGAAAUAAUUGAGCAUGACCGAGCUGGCCCCCUAAAGCUAGGCGAAGUCCGAGACACAAACCGGCCAACUCUUCUGACUGCUAUCCGAGCUCAAGGAUUCGAGGCGAUAGAUCUUGGUAUUGUUUCUGACAAGCCUGGAGCUCUCGAAGACUCCCUCCGCAUGGCCCUACUCAAGGUAGACGUCAUCAUCACCUCCGGAGGCGUUUCAAUGGGCGAGCUCGACCUCCUCAAGCCCACCAUCGAGCGCUCCCUCGGCGGCACCAUCCAUUUUGGCCGCGUGAACAUGAAACCUGGCAAACCUACCACUUUUGCUACAAUCCCCACGAAACACUCCUCCCCAGAACCCUCUACUCGCACCCAUAAGACUAUCUUCUCGCUCCCAGGGAACCCUGCGUCAGCAGUGGUCACUUUCCAUGUCUUCGUGUUGCCCAGCUUGCAUCAGCAAAGUGGCGUUUCGCCGGUGGGAUUACCGCGCGUGACAGUUGUACUGGAAGAGGAUGUGAAGCGAGACCGAGGAAGGCUGGAGUAUCACCGAGCGGUAGUAGGGGUUAAACGCGAUGGGCUACUAUAUGCGACUUCAACGGGUGGACAGCGGAGUUCGAGGAUUGGUAGUUUCAAAGGCGCUAACGCCUUGUUGUGUGUAGGGUCAGGCGAAGGCGUAUUGAAGAAAGGGGAGAAAGUCGGGGCGCUUUUGAUGGGGAAAUUGGGAGAGUUCCGGCAGUGA